AUGGAGAUAGCAAAAAACUGUUUGAUAGUUUUUGUUUUUUCGAAGAGAGUUGAGGAUCUCUUGUUACAGAAACACUUUCAAAGACUGCAUGAAAGAGUGAAAGAGGGAAAAUUAUGUUUGGAAAGCAAAAUUUGCUUUAUGCAAAUAAGUAGAUCUGAAACUUGGUCGCUUCAUGGUUCUGAAGAACAAUUUAUGAGUAGCAGAUGCUCUUAA